AUGACCCGAGCCGUCCGAGACCGAAUACUCAAAGAUGUGAACGGGAAUAUCCAUGACCAUCUACGCAACCACAUACACCUAACAAACUGCAUCCACUUAAAGAACCACAUGCACAAGAAGCACAGUCCCAUCGUUGCCGAUCGAGCCCUUAUGCGGGACCUCAUUUUCCUUCAGCGAUCGAGAUCCUUACGGGACCCUUCCGCGAGCCCGCAUUCUCCUAAGAUGGCCGGAAAAAACGAGCCGGUCACCGGAAGUAGAGGAUCUUCCGGUGACCGGAAUCCGAGAAUGUCCGGAACUUCCCCUCAACAGCUCAGCAAAGACAAGAGUUUUAAGACAGAAGAUGAGAGCGACCAUGCGGCUUUGUCCUGUAAUCACAAAAAUCAAGCUGGAAUCGAAAAAUAUUCCGAGGAAGGUCGAAAUAAUAUUAAUAGACCGAAAAGGCGGAGGUUUAGAGGCUCGAGAAGGCCUCGUGCUGCUCCUUCGGUUGAUAAACGGGAUAUUAGUAGGGAGCCACAGAACGAGAUGUCAACGGUGGCCUCUAACUCGUUUGCCCAAGGUGAAAAUCACGAUAAUAAUCUCAACGGGUGUGGAAAAAUCCCUUGGAAUUGGUCGAGAAUUCACGACAGAGGAAAAUCGAUACUCGAUAUGGCCGGGAGGAGUCUCUCUUGUGGCAUGUCCGAGACGAGGUUAAGGAAAGAAUAUGGCUCGAAUAUGCUCGAAAUUUCACAACACUCGAGCUCGUCCUCCACGAAAAAAUCUGACGGUCAAGAGGCAUUGCCAUUGUUGCUCGACGGAUCUCAGGGGAGUGGUGGUGAUCGUGGGGCCGCCACCUGGUUUCACAAUUACUCGGGCGAAUUAGGCCUUUAUGCUGAUAAUCUGCUCAAUAAGAAUGAGAUUGACUCGGAUCUUGCAUCCGAUGAUAAUCUGCUCAAGAAGUACAAUAAUGGGAGGCAUCAAAAUAUCACUCAGAAGUACAUGCCGAGGACUUUUCGGGAUUUGGUGGGCCAGAAUUUAGUCGUGCAGGCUCUUUCGAACGCUAUUAUAAAAAGGAAAAUCGGGCUGAUGUAUCUUUUCCACGGGCCCCACGGGACGGGGAAAACUUCAUGCGCGCGUAUAUUCGCCCGAGCUUUGAACUGCCACUCGUUGGAGCACCCGAAGCCCUGCGGGCUGUGCAGCUCGUGUGCGAGGGCUCGAAACGUGAGGGAAAUCGGCCCGGUGAGCAAUGUUGACUUCGAGAGAUUGGUCGAGCUUCUUGAAAAAAUGGUGGCCCCCACCAGGUCUCGGUCUCGAUCUCAGUAUAAGGUGUUGAUAUUCGACGAGUGUGAUACUUUGUCUUCUGAUUGUUGGAGUGCAGUUUUGAAGGCUAUUGAUCGGGCUCCAAGGAGGGUUGUUUUUGUUCUUGUAUGCUCGAGCUUCGAGGCCUUGCCCCACGUGAUAAUAUCCAGGUGCCAGAAAUUCUAUUUCCCAAAGUUGAAGGAGGCGGAUGUAAUUUAUACUUUACAGUGGAUUGCGAGUAAGGAGGGUUUGGAAAUCGAUAAGGAUGCUUUAAAGCUUAUCGCGUUGAGGUCAGAUGGAUCUCUGAGAGAUGCUGAGAUGACUUUGGAACAACUGAGUUUGCUCGGGAAGAGAAUAUCUCUUGGCCUUGUACAGGAAUUGGUUGGGCUUAUAUCAUAUGAGAAGUUAGUGGACCUACUAGAUUUAGCAUUAUCUGCCGACACAGUUAAUACGGUGAAGAAUCUGAGAGAUAUCAUGGAAUCUGGUGUCGAGCCAUUGGCAUUAAUGUCACAGCUUGCAACGGUUAUAACUGAUAUUCUGGCUGGAAGCUAUGAUUUCGCGAAAGAAGGAUCUAGAAGGAAAUUCUUUCGGCGUAAUGCCCUGUCGAAAGAAGAUAUGGAAAAAUUGCGCCAGGCCCUGAAAACACUAUCCGAAGCCGAAAAGCAGCUGAGACUAUCAAAUGACCGUAUAACUUGGCUAACGGCAGCCCUUUUGCAGUUGGCUCCCGAUCAGCAAUACAUUCUCCCAAGCUCCUCUGCCGAAACUAGCUCUCAUCACAGCCCCUCGGGAAAACCGAGGAAAAGCAACGCUGAAAUGUCGAAAGGUACUACUUUUAGUGGAAAUAGACACGAUAGAAGUCGAGUAACUACUAAUGAUCAGUUACCGGGAGUUUUUCGUAAGGAAGAAAUAGAGGAGAUUUGGCUUCAAGUUCUUCAAAAGAUUCAUAUCAAUACUGUGAGAGAGUUUAUGUAUCGUGAAGGAACACUGAUCUCGGUCAGCUAUGGCACAGCUCCCAAUGUGCAGCUGCUUUUUACCUCCCAGCUGACAAAAUCGAAGGCCGAAAAGUUUAGACUGCACGUCUUACAAGCAUUCGAGUCGGUCCUGAAAUCCCCUGUGACCAUUGAGAUCAGAUGCGAACCGAAAACGGGCCCAAGCGCGAGACCCAUCUUGCUACCGGGGGCCCAAAACCCGACCCGCCUGGAUGUGGGCCCCAGCCGUACAGAAAUCGUCGAGCUUGAAGCAUCCCCACAACAAGAGAUCAUCACGAGGGAGAGGAGGGGCAGUAUGGUAAAUUCACGUUCGGGGGAAGGGACAUCGACGAGCCAGAAGAUAUCGUCUUUGUUAGGUGAGGGAAAUCCACCGAGUCUUAGCAUAGUUAGAAGCAAGGUGUCUCUGGCUCACGUGAUUCAGCAUGCAGAGCCGGGAGGAGGUUCGCAGCAGCUCGGUGGCUGGUCAAGGAGGAAAGCGGUCUCGAUUGCCGAGAAGCUCGAGCAGGAAAAUCUGAGAUUAGAACCGAGAUCAAGGAGACUGCUUUGUUGGAACCCGCCAAAAGCUACCAGACGAAAGCUUUCACGUUUGAAAAUCAGAACAAGAAAGCCCCAAGCAUUGAUGAAAUAUGUGUCUUGUGGAAAUUGUCUCUCUGGUGGGUCCCCCAGGACGAGGUAG